GAAGAGAGCAGGCGGCUGGAGCAGCUGUUUCUGGGAGCUUCGCGUUCAAUCUGCGUCGUUCUUGCAGCUUCUCGCGCCUUCCAGCCACCGUUUUUUCGCAAACCCCUCUCUCUCUCUCUCUCGCUCUCUCCUCGCUUGCCUCCCCUGCGAAAUGACUCGUGUGCUCUCCUUAUCAUUCACUCCAUUGUGCGCAUUGCCUCCCCGUUGCGCUCCCGAACCGGCUGUUCCAACAAACACUCUUUUUUUUGGUCGGAGCGUUAUUAUUAAAACGUCGAUGUGCUCGAUUCAAUUUUGGCUCACUCUUUCUUUUGUUUUCUUUCUUUCAUUUCCAUUAGAUGCCAGCUCAGAGCGCAGAUUAUUACAAAGUCCUCGGCUUGCCAAAGGGUACGUCGGAUGCGGACGCCAUCAAGAAGGCGUAUCGCAAAGCCGCCAUGAAAUGGCACCCCGACAAGAACCCCAACAACAAGACAGAAGCCGAGCACAAGUUCAAGGAGAUUUCAGAGGCGUACGAGGUGCUCUCAGACCCACAAAAGCGACAAGUGUACGACAUGUACGGCGAAGCCGGGCUCAAAGGCGGAGCUCCCUCAGGCGGGGACGAAGGAGCUGGCGGCGGCGGCUCUGCAGGCGGCGGUCCCGGCACCUUUUAUUUCUCAUCUGGCGGUGCUCCUGGUCGUGGUGGCAUGCACUUUACACCCUCCAACGCUGACGACAUCUUCCGCCAGUUCUUUGGCGGAUCGGGCGCCGACAUGUUUGGUUCGCCAGGCGCUUCUGGAAGCUCUAGCCGCUCACGUGCCGGCCGCGGUGCACGCGUCGAUCCAUUCAGCUCCAUGUUUGGCGGCAUGCACGGAGGCAUGGGCGGCAUGGGCGGGAUGCCAGGAGGCAUGGGCGGCAUGGGCGGCAUGGGCGGCAUGCACGGGGGUAUGAGCGGCUCGGACGACGACGACGAUGUGCAGUUUACACACGCCGCCGCGCCUCGCAAACCUCAGGUGCUGACUCGCGCACUGCCCGUCUCGCUCGAAGACUUGUAUCGCGGCACCGAAAAGAAGCUCAAGAUCACUCGCAAAAUCCAAGAUUCGGCCACCGGCAAGGUUGUGGAAACGUCCAAAAUCCUGACCGUCAACAUCCAACCCGGAUGGAAGGCUGGCACAAAAGUGCGCUUUUCUGGCGAAGGCGACGAGCUCAACGGACAGCCCGCUCAGGACGUCGUGUUUGUCAUCGAAGAGAAGCCGCACUCUCAUUUCAAGCGCGAUGGCGACCAGCUCACCACCAAAAUCCAAGUCCCGCUCGUGAACGCUCUCGUUGGGUUCAAGGCAAAAAUCCCAACCAUCGACGGAAGUGUGGCUGAGUUGCAAAUCACCGAUGUCUUGACCCCAGGCUUCAAGCGAAUCAUUUCCGGCAAAGGAAUGCCCACCAAAAGCGGAGUCCGCGGCGACCUGCUGGUCGAGUUUGAUAUUGUCUUCCCCGCAGCAUUGAGUCCUGCUCAGAAAGAUGCAGUCAAGCGCGCGUUCUCAACCUCCUAAAUUGCGUGGCAUGCUUGCUUUUGCAUGUUGUCAAUCCAUCGCAGAGUUUUUAUUGUGCUGUCUCAUGUUUGUUCUCGUGAUAAUUGUUUUUAAGAUAUUGUAAUGUACAUGUUUUGUACUACUAAAGCCAACCUACGCUUCU